AUUAACCCUGUUUUUUGGGCUCCCAUUCUUUUAUAUCUCAACACCUAUAUUCCGCAAUUCGCCCAUCGGUUCUCUCGGAUAAAAAAUGGAGUCGGAGGUCCAAAAGCCAUCAGAACUCGAUAUUCUCUCUCAGAGCACUGAAGAUAAACCCCCGCCGAGAUCGAGGCCGCCGCCGAAGCGAUUUGUGAAGAAUCAGAUUCCCGAUUCCAUCCUCAAGGAUCCUGCCUUGAACGCCGCCAUCUCUCUCCUUCCUUCCAACUACAACUUCGAGGUUCACAAGUGCGUAUGGCGCAUUCUCUCCUCCGGCGCCUCCCGCAUUGCCCUUCAGCUCCCCGAAGGUCUUCUCAUGUACUCCCUCAUCCUCUCCGAUAUCCUCACGACUUUCGGCAACGCCUCCGACUGCUUUGUUCUUGGCGAUGUCACUUAUGGCGCUUGUUGCGUCGACGACCUCUCCGCCUCCGCUCUCCACGCCGAUCUCCUCAUCCAUUACGGCCAUAGCUGCCUCGUCCCUAUCGACUCCACUACCAUUCCGUGCCUUUAUGUUUUUGUCGACAUUGCAAUUGAUGUGCCUCGUCUUGUUAAUACUGUUCGUCUCAAUGUUCAUGGUCUUGAUUCCACGAACUUGGUGCUUGCUGGAACAAUUCAGUUCGCCUCUGCUAUUAGAGCUUCGAAGAUGGAGCUAGAGAGGCAUGGCAUCCGGGUUUUAAUUCCCCAGUCCAAGCCGUUGUCGGCUGGGGAAGUUCUGGGCUGUACGGCUCCUAAAAUUUCUACGUCUUCUUUCGGCAAUAACGGGGAGACUGUUGCGAUUUUUGUUGCCGAUGGGAGGUUUCAUUUGGAAGCUUUCAUGAUUGCGAAUCCUGGAAUUAGGGUUUUCCGGUAUGAUCCUUAUGUUGGUAAGUUAUUACUUGAGGAGUAUGACCAUGAAGGAAUGAAGGCGUCUAGAAAAGGCGCGGUUCUGAAGGCGAAGGAAGCGAGAAAUUGGGGUAUUGUGUUGGGGACCUUAGGGAGGCAAGGAAACCCCAAAAUUUUGGAGAGGUUGGAGGAGAAGAUGAAGUCUAAAGGAUUUGAUUAUACUGUUGUAUUAAUGUCUGAGAUCAGUCCUUAUAGAGUGGCUUUGUUUGAGGAUUCGGUGGAUGCAUGGAUUCAGAUAGCUUGUCCUCGUCUUUCAAUUGACUGGGGAGAUGCUUUUGCUAAGCCUCUUCUUACUCCAUUUGAGGCUGAGGUAGCUCUUGGACUUAUCCCUGGUUGGUGGGAGAGAACAAGCGCAGCUAAAUUGAGUUGUAAUGAUUGUCAGGGAUGUGAAUGUAACGGUGAUCAAAGUGAUAAGGUGGAGGCUGAAGGGGAAUACCCCAUGGACUAUUAUGCUCAGGAUGGUGGUGAAUGGAACUCUUCCUAUGUAAAGAAGAAAGUUUCUCGCCCAGUCCGGAGAGAUGUUGUGUCCUGUAUCAGUGAAAAACCCGUUUCUUUACAUUAGCCUCUUUCAAACAAGAAGGAGAAUGUUAAUUUGCACGUAUUGUGGCAUAUCCGUGCCCGUGGUUGGGAAGUGUAGUUGAUUUUCACAACAGUUAAAAAUGCAUUGGAAAAUGCUGCCAUGGCUGAUGGAAAGUGUUCCACCGAGAAUUUUGUUCCAUCUCUCAGCCAAGAGCAGUAUCAAAACACGAUAUUGAUGUUAAAUGGUCGUCUAUCAACUGCAAAGUUUUACACUGGCACCAUAGUUGAUUAUAAUAAGAUAGGCAAGUACACAUUUUCUUCUGACCUCUUCUUGAUUCCUUUAGUACAAUUUUUUUGUCUUUUACGCAUGUUCGGGAUGUUUUUAUUCUAUUGUCAAAUCAUCAUAUCAUUUUUGUUGCACACGUUCGUGAAGCUCGAAUUUCAUACCGUAGAAUAUUCUUCUUUUGCCAAGUUUCAA